AUGAAACCCAACGUCCCCCUUUUCCUCAGCCUACACCUAGCAUCCCCCACACUCUCCAUCUCCCUCCCCACAAACCAAACCUCCCUCACCUGGCACAAAUGUCCCACCUCGAGCGAAACCAACGCCGGACUAGACUGCGCAGAGCUCCGCGUCCCUCUCGAUUGGUCCAACCCCAACGACGGCGAAACCAUCACCCUCUCCAUGAACCGCUGGCCGGCGAAAGAUCCCGCGAAGAAGAUCGGGACGCUGGUGUACAAUCCCGGGGGACCGGGGAUUUCGGCGACGGACUCGGUGGUGGAUUUUGCGUCGGGGGAUACGUAUUUUGGGGAGGCGUUGAGGGGGUUUGAUCUUAUCGGCCUCGACCCCAGAGGUGCAGGACGUAGCACCCCCAUCAAAUGCUCUCCUGACCUCUGGAACGCCCGGCCCUCGCAGUUCGUCCACACCGAGCAAGACUUCGCAAACCUCGUCCAAUACAACCGGGAUUUCGCCCUCUCCUGUCUCAAUCGCACUGGUAACCUCGUCAAGCACAUCGACACGCCCAGCGUAGCCAGGGACAUAGACGCCCUGCGGAUAGCUCUCGGCGAGGAGAAGAUCAACUUCUACGGCCAGUCGUACGGCACACAGAUAGGAGAGUCGUACGCUGAGUUGUUUCCAAGGAAUUUUCGUGCGAUGGUGCUGGAUGGCAAUGUCGAUCACUCUCUUACGGAGAUCCCCACCGUCGUGUCCGAGGCGUACGGAUACGAAGUUGUCUGGAACCGUUUCGUGGCCUGGUGCAACAAGACGGAGGAUUGCGUGCUUCGAGGCCAGGACAUCAACGCCCAGUACACCAAACUCCUCGACGCCGCCUUCCAAUCUCCCCUGGAAGUCCCCGAGUGCGAAGAUCCAGACUCAUCCUGCCGUCCCUCCGUCCGACUAGAGGAUAUAACAGGCACCGUGCAAUCGACUCUCGACUCCAAAUUCGUGCCCGCAGGCUACGAUCAAGAUACGCCCACCUGGCGCUCCCUGGCGAAAUACCUCUCCGCAGCCUUCAAAGGCGACUACUCGGACUUCGCGCCAGAAAUCGCCGAGAAUGAGACCUCGCCCUUGUGGCAAAUGCAGCUCGUCAACUGCCUCGACUGGGAGCAUAACGCGGCAAGUGCGGCGGACUUGAUCCACCAGACGCAGUUCAUGUUCACGGCCGCGCCUCACACCCGCGGGACGGCGCAGGCGUACGCUGUCAAUUCCAUGUGUGCUGGAUGGCCCUUCGCGGUACCUGAUCCACCGCAUCGACUUGUUGUGGAGGGUAAUGUGGCGCCUGUGUUUCUGCUGAACAGUCUUUAUGAUCCGGAGACGCCGUUCGAUCAGGCUGUGGGGUUGCAAAGGCAGCUGCCUGGUAGCGUGUUGGUGGCGGUUCGGGAGGAGGGGCAUACGAGUUAUCAGUAUGCUGGCGAGGCAGCGAGGUUGAUGGAGGCGUAUUUGGUGAACUUGACGUUGCCUGAGCCGGAUACGGUGGUGGACAGCUGA